AUGCAUCGCAAAAUCGAACUUCAAGCGCCCGCGGAUUUCACAUACCUCUACGGUAACACCGUCGCUUCUUCGCGCCAGAAACUCGAUCUUCAUUUACCACCCUCUGCAAACCCUGACGAUGGUCCGGAUCCAAUGCGCGAGCGAGUGCGCGAGCUAGUUGAUGAGUACAUAACACGCACCUUUACUUCCGCUUCCUCGUCAAUUAGCAUCAACGGUCUUGAUUCUUCAUCAUCUCAAUUUCCUUUCCCGGCUUCGUUCACCGCACCGGCGGAGACGGUCGAGUACGAACCUUAUGACGGAAAACUUGCAGCACGGGUGACUUCGCUAUACGCACAGUUGGAAUCACUUACGACGACGGUAGCACAGUUACGACGGGAUGCACCCCAACGCGCAGCGGAGACUUAUGCCGCAGAACUGCAGAAAGCGAUCGAGGAGGAUGAACAAGGUGAUCUGGAAGAUGAAGAGUUCAUGCAGGGUGAUGAAGACGAUGCAAGGCAGACCACCGAAGACGUCGACAUGCCUGAUGCAGACCAGGAAUCGAAGCGGAUGCCGGGCGAUGAUGCCAAUGCAGACACCUCACGUCGGAAAUCAGUGAAAACGAAGUGGAAGUUACAAGUGCCCUUUGGCACCGACCACGAAGCAGAACUAUGGCGCUCGGGGGAAAUCGCGGAAGUGUAUGAGGAUACGUUGCGGACCUUGCUCCGACUCCAGGGUGAAGUUAUUCCUGGUGAUGAGACCCAUUCUGCGGCAGAUGGGACAUCCGAUGGCAAUGCCGUAGCAUCGACGGUGGGCAAAGCUGAACGAGCCACUCGGGCUGCGGAGGUUGUGGAGAAGAAGUGA